UCAUUGCUCCACUGGUUCAAACCAAACCAUACUGUCUAUGGUUCAAACCGAAACAACUCCUGAGCGUCCCCGUUUAGCCUUUAGCUAGCGACUUUAUCUGGUAUUUCUUUGAUAUUUAAAUUAUAUUUAACAAUGGAGGGUUCUGUAUCAAAUGUGGAGGUCUGUAAUUUUGCUUACACGGGACAGUUUGAGAAAUUAAAAGAGUGCAUUCUGUCAGAUAAAACACUCGCCUGCAAAACGGACCAGGACUGUAGAAGCGCCCUGCACUGGGCUUGUUCUGCUGGACACACCGACAUUGUGGAGUUUCUGCUCGACCUGGGAGUUGAAGUGAAUCUGCCAGACGAUGCUUUGUGGACCCCUCUUCACAUUGCAGCGUCUGCAGGCAGAGAAGACAUAGUGAGAUCUCUAAUAUCCAAAGGAGCUCAGCUAAAUUCAGUAAAUCAAAAUGGAUGCACCCCUCUGCACUAUGCCGCCUCUAAAGACAGAUAUGAGAUUGCCCUGCUGUUGUUGGAAAGUGGAGCAGACCCCAAUGUCACCGACAAGUAUCAGUCCACUCCCCUUCACAGAGCGUCUGCCAAGGGCAACCACCGCCUCAUCCAGCUGCUUCUCAAACACAGUGCCUCAACCAACAUCCAGGACUCACAGGGCAACACACCACUCCACCUUGCGUGUGAUGAGGAGCGUGUGGAAGCAGCCAAGGUGCUGGUGGAACAUGGGGCCAGCAUCUACAUUGAGAACAAGGAGGAGAAGACCCCCCUCCAGGUAGCCAAGGGCGGUCUGGGCAACAUUCUUCGUCGGAUUGUGGAGGGAUGAUUCAUUGGCUGAUCUACGGUUGAUGCUCCAACUCCAGUCCCCACCAUCGCAAGUUACAUAACGAGAAUUCUCAUCCCAGUCUGGUGUGACACAUUCAGAUGCGUAACAGGUGGAAGAUGAGAGUGUGUCCGGGAGAAAAGUUGGACUGUACUGCAUUAUUAUCAGCUCCUCAGAUGGGGCAGUGAAACUGCUCAGAUGUUAGAUGUCUGGUCAAAAACACUCUUGUGCACUAAGUGCGGUCUGUUCAACACUGCAGUCUAUUUUCUUAUGAUCUAUUCCUUUUUAUGUUUGAAUUGUUGCAAAAAUGACCAAAUAAAAAUCAGUGUUCAGCCUGUUAGUAAAUGAUGUUUAGGAUGUAUUUAUCUAUUGUACAUUCAAGCAUUGGAUCCAGAAAAUGUAGUUUAUCAUUCAUUUCAAGUGGUGUUUUCAAGUGGGAAAUAUCUGGCUCUUUAGCUGCUAAAUGCUCCACUAUGUUCAUCAGUUAGUCGCUAACUAACUGUGUCUGUCUGGUGCUGAGCAGGUUGUGUACAGUGAAAACAGCUACUUUGUAUGUUUGAAAACGGUGUGAGAGUGAACCAAAGCCAUGUGGGCCAGACAGUUAAACAAAGCUAAAACUCACCAUGAAGUUCUGUAAAACAGAGGGUAGCUGCAGAUACGGCUGAUAAUUCUCGUACGAGGAGUGACCCCUUCACAUUGUUCAAUGUUGUCAUUUGAUGCAUUGGCAUUUUCAGAAUUCAUACAUCUUAUUCCUACCGUGUGGUCUAAGACAAAAAUAUUAAUAAACAUGAAAAAAUGUU